AUGGAGAUCUUAAUGAGAAGGUCUAUAUGGUACAACCUGAAGAUUUUGCAGCAGAUGAUUCAGCGAAAUCCACUCCCGACUGCAUCGAAAUUCCGUCCUAAGAUUGUGUCUGCAAUCGCCUCACUCCCUCUCUCUCCGAAAUGGGUUCUCUGGUCCCGUUCCAAGACCUCAACCUGCUGCCGGACCCGCCCACCGCCACCGCCGCCGCCGCCGCCGCCGCCCACCCCCACCGUCACUCCCAAGAUCGAGCCCAAGCUCGAACCCUCGACGAACCGCCCCAGACCCACGUGCAGCGGCCCCCCGCUGCAGACCCACGAGCUUCCCAACCCCCCGCCCCUGAAUUCUUCCUCAGCUCCCCGAACGCCCCGCAGACCCCUCCCGGACAGCAGCGGCGGCGGCGGCGACCAGCUCUUCUCCGAGUUCCACCGCGUGUCCGAGCUGUUCCGCAGCGCGUUCGCCAGGCGGUACGGCCGCGGGGGCGGCGACGUCGACGUGCUGGAUCCCAAGACGCGGGCCAUUGUCCCGGUGAAGAGCGAGGAGGCGCAGGUCUCUCCGUUCGCGGCCUCGCCGAGCAGCGGCGGCCGGCGACAGCAGCUGCAGCCGCGGUCGUCGGAGCUCGUGAGGGUCGCCGAUCUCAGCGACGAGGACAAGAGGUACUUUCGCGAGGAGGUGCGCCAGGCCCGCCUGAUUUACGAUAGCCUGCGUGUUUUUUAUAUGUCGCAUGAGGAGGGUGUCGAUGGUAGGAUGAGGAGGGGUGAUUUGGCGGCCGCUUCCAUGAUGAGAGGGAAGGGAUUGUGGGUGAAUCGCGACAAGAGAAUCGUGGGACCUUUACCUGGUGUAGAGAUAGGCGAUGUCUUCUUCUAUAGGAUGGAGUUGUGUGUUGUUGGUCUGCAUGGUCAACCGCAAGCUGGCAUUGAUUAUUUAACUGCUAGCCAGAGCUCAAAUGGCGAGCCGAUUGCGACCAGUGUUAUUGUGUCUGGAGGGUAUGAAGACGAUGAGGAUGCAGGGGAUGUGAUUAUAUAUAGUGGUCAUGGAGGGCAGGAUAAGCUAAAUAGGCAGUGUAACCACCAGAAGUUGGAAGGUGGUAAUUUGGCUAUGGAAAGGAGCAUGCACUAUGGAAUCGAAGUUCGGGUUAUAAGGGGGAUAAGAUACGGGGCGGCGACACCCAAGAUAUAUGUGUAUGAUGGGUUGUAUAGGAUUCUUGAUCAUUGGUUUGAUAUCGGGAGGUCUGGUUUUGGGGUAUACAAGUAUAAGUUGAUGAGAAUUGAAGGGCAACCAGAAAUGGGUAGUGCUAUCAUGAGGUUUGCUCAGACCCUUAGGACAAGGCCUUUAACAGUUAGGCCCAGGGGAUAUCUCAGUCUUGACAUUUCAGCGAGGAAGGAAUGUGCGCCCGUUUUUCUGUAUAAUGACAUUGAUUCUGACAGCACUCCCCUGAAUUAUGAGUACUUAGCCAGGACUGUAUUUCCUCCGUAUUUGGUGCUUCAAAAUGCUAAUGGCAGCGGGUGUGAAUGUGUUCUGAGCUGUGGAAGUAAUUGCUUUUGUGCUUCGAGAAAUGGGGGUGAGUUUGCCUAUGAUCACAAUGGGUUACUUACGAGGGGAAAGCCAGUUAUUUUUGAAUGUGGGCCAUUUUGUAAGUGUCCUCCAACCUGCCGUAAUCGUGUGACGCAGAAAGGUUUAAGUAGUAAGUUGGAGAUAUUUAGAUCGAAGGAGACCAAUUGGGGUGUUAGGACCUUAGAGCUGAUACAAGCUGGUGCUUUUAUCUGUGAAUAUGCAGGAGUUGUACUCACGAGAGACCAAGCCCAGAUUUUCAGCAUGAGUGGCGAUCCAUUGGUCUACCCGAGCAGGUUUACUGCUAAAUGGACCAAGUGGGGAGAUUUGUCCAAAGUGUAUCCGGAUUUUGCAUGCCCUGCUUAUCCAUCAAUUCCUCCUUUGGAUUUUGCUAUGGAUGUCUCAAAAAUGAGGAAUGUUGCUUGUUAUAUUAGCCAUAGUUCAACUCCUAAUGUAAUGGUGCAGUAUGUAUUGUAUGAUCACAAUAAUGUUUCAUUUCCUCACGUAAUGUUGUUUGCAUUGGAGAAUAUUCCUCCUCUGAGGGAGCUCAGCCUUGACUAUGGUGCUGCGGAUGAAUGGACUGGGAAGCCUCCUCUUCUCUGUAACUGAACUGUCUUGGGAAGUUGGACAGACUGAAUUGAGGAUGGUGCCCAUUUCCUAUAUCU